CAGGUAAGAGAUAAUCAGCCGAAGUUGUUGAUUGGAGAAAAGGUACUUUAAUUGGAGAAAAAAAAGAGUUUCUCUCCUCUUUAAACAAGCAAGCAAGCAAUCAAAGGAGACGCUUUCUUCUUCAAUCACUUUUAUAAAGUCUGUAGCUCAACACAACAAGAAGUAAGGAAUUCAAUUUAUUUCAAUCCGUUUAGAGACCGGACCACCUCCAUUUCUCUAAGUUUCGCUGUCUGAGAUUAAAAAACAAUAAUGGUGUCGGCUAACCGGGAAAUGGCGGUGUACUGUUUCGACAUUCUCUUGGCUCACUACAAUAGCCAAGAUGCUCCUCCUCCUGCCUUCGACGAGGGCCAGCACCCAUUGUUUGUGACUUGGAAGAAAGUGGUGAAUGGUGGGGAGCCUCGUUUGCGUGGAUGCAUUGGAACCCUAGAAGCUCGUGCCUUGAUUAAUGGCUUUAAGGACUAUGCUUUGACCAGUGCUUUGAGAGACCGCAGGUUUCCUCCUAUUCAGGCCAAAGAAUUGCCAUACUUGGAAUGUACAGUAUCCAUUCUGACUGAUUAUGAAACUGCUAACAACUAUCUUGACUGGGAGGUUGGAAAACAUGGUAUAAUUAUUGAGUUUACCGACCCUGAUUAUAACACAAGGCGAAGUGCCACAUACCUGCCUGAGGUGCCUGCUCACGAAGGUUGGACCAAGAUGGAGGCAAUUAAUUCACUUAUUCGUAAAGCCGGCUAUAAUGGUGCCAUCACUGAAUCACUCCGAAAGCGUAUACGAUUAACCCGCUAUCAGAGCACACUAUUUACUUUGCAAUACAGUGAAUAUGUCUCAUACAUCAAGGAAACAAGGGGCUCACCUCCAGCUGUUGAGGCUAAGCCAGGCGACAGUUGAUUCUUCCAGACUGCUUUUGCUGAACCUGCAAAGCUGGUCUGGCCAAAACGAAAUACUCACUCCAAAAUAAUAUAAUAUUUAUAAUUAAAAAAAAAAAGUGGGUUGGAAUGACUUUGUUUAUGUUCCUGCUCAUCUUGCUCUAGUUAUUGUGAUGAACUUUCCAUACAGUUCUUCAACUUCAUUGCAUUUUCAGGGAGGAACACAAAUUUCAUUGCUUUUGUUUCAUGACAUUCCCAUUUGUCAGCAUCCCUGGUAAACCUGUACAAGUUUAAACUAUUUAGUUUGUAAGUUGUGAUAUUCCAAAGUGUGUUGUUUAUUUA